CUAGAAAACUUAACUUAUAUUCUUAACCCUGCGACAUACAAUGUGGAUAUAAAUCUAAAUCGAACAGCUCGUCGACUUCGCUUUUAUCUAAGGCUGUAAUAAGUGUAUUUUACACAAUGUAGAAAAGGAUCUACAGCCUAAAAUUUAAGUAGUUUAAUCACCCGCAUAUCAAUGGCCGGAUUAUUACCACAAAGACUUAUUUCUUCGACUGGAAGCGGGCCUAUAGCCAGAACCCAGGAGUAUCAGGUCUUCAAAUCAAGUACUCAUAAUGCUGCUGUGUUGAAUGGACUCAAUGAUUUACGUCACGAUGAAAUUCUUUGUGACGUCACGCUCAUGGCAGAGGAACAAAGUUUCCCAGCUCAUAAAAACAUCUUAGCAUCAUGCAGCCCGUAUCUCAGAAAUUUGUUCAGUGCCGAAGGAGGAAUAAAGAAUGAACAUGAGGUUGUCGAAAUCCGCGGUGUGAGUUCAGAAGGAUUGAAACAUGUUAUAAACUUCGUUUACACAUCGGAAUUGGAGUUGACAAUGACAAAUGUGCAGCAUGUUCUUGCAGCAGCUGGCCACAUGCAGUUGAAACCAAUUCUCAAUUUCUGUAAGGCUUUUCUUGUCACUGAGAUAUCCGUCUACAAUUGUGUUAGCAUUAUUCAUAUUGCUGAACAUUACGAAUUACGAAGUGUGGAAGAAAAAGCUUAUACAUUUAUUGCAGAACAUUUGAACGAGCUAGUUAAAACUGAAGAAUUACAGAAACUGAGCAUCAACAAUAUGUCAUUUUUGUUGGAUUCAUAUUCUCUGAAAAACGUUUCUGAGCUCGAACUUUUCGAAGCAGCAAGACAAUGGCUUCUAUUUGAUUCGGAAAGGUACAAGAAUGUACGUCAGCUGAUGGAAAAGAUUCACUUCCCAUUGAUUCCACCACGUGAUCUGUUACGUUACGUAAAUUUCGUUGACUUUAUGCGUCUUGAAUGUAACUAUCUACUUCUGGAGGCAUCAAACUAUCACAUGCUCCCACAUUCCCAGCCGAUACUCCAAUCAGUCAGGACACAGGUGCGUUCAACCGACAAGAGGAUGGUAAUCGUUGGUGGGGUUGAUCAACACGAUAGAGUGUCCAAUCAGCUUCUGGCAAUCAAUGAUGACAUGUCUAAAUCUGAAUUUCUGCCUCCGAUGCAUGAAGGAUUGUGUAGCCACUGUGUCGCAGUCCUCAACAACUUUUUGUAUGUCUUGGGAGGACAGAAUCUGUUUGAUGAAAGAGGAACAACUGCGGUAAACACGGUCAUUAGAUACGACCCUAGGUUUAACAUUUGGAUGAGAAUUGCUGCUAUGAAUGACAAGCGUGCUGGAUUCACAGUAAGCGUUGUAGAGAACCGUUUGUAUGCUCUGGGCGGAGUGAAUAGCAGUGGAAGACUGUCUUCUAUGGAAUGCUACUCCCUUGAAGAUGAUAGAUGGAGAUAUGUUGCAUCAGUACAAACUGGCUUAUGCGAUCACGCCCAAGCUGUUUACGGAAACUUGGUAUACAUCAGUGGUGGAUUCAAAGAGGGAAGAUUCAGCAAUCAGUUGCUGGCAUAUAGUCCAAGGCACGAUACUUGGCACGAAAGAUCUUCAAUGCAUUAUGCUAGAGGAUGGCACGCUAUGGUCAGUUAUGGAGACAACAUCCUGGUUACUGGCGGAAAUAGCGGUCUCACUAAGAGAGUCGAUAUUCAUGAAACUGAAAUAUAUAGUGGAAUGACAGACCAAUGGACAUUAGUGUCCCCACUGCCGAUGCCGCACAGUGAAGGUGGAUGUGAGAUAUAUGAUGGAAAAAUAUAUCUGGUUGGUGGCUACAGCUGGGCACAUCAGAAAUGUUUGAGUACAAUUCAAAGUUACGAUCCCGCAAAAGAUACUUGGGAAAAUGCUGGAAAUCUUCCAAUUGAGUUAUCAGGCGUACGACUUACUCUUAUUACCAUCCCAUAUUCUGUAUCGCCUCGUAAUGGUCUUGUAUCCGGAGGUCAUGUCCCACUCUCCUGGCCACCCAAGCAAGUGCCUGGACGCUUCAUGGAACAGGAUCCUCGAAUGAUGAUGGGAGGUAUGGCAGGUAUGCCGUUGAUGGGCGCUAUGAUGAGUAUGCCUGGAGGAUUCCCAAGUACAGGUCAGAUGUAUCAUCCUGGCACUCAACCAAUGUCUGGUUUCCUGGACCCUACAACUCUACAAGAUAUGAGAGAGGCUAUGGCUAAUAUAAAGAUGAGUGGAGAUCCGAGACUCAGCCAACCGCAGCCUAUGAAACGAACAGAACCUUCUAGAAUACGAAGCAACCCAUCAUCUCAUAAAGAUUUAGCUUCUGAACUAAGUUCGGAUGACCGCGCUCGCAGUCAAGACGAUUCUAAUAUAUACAGUCGACCACGUAGUACCAGCAUAGAUGAUACUAUAUCUCUGGGUUCGCGGAAUAUCUUGUUCGGUAAAAAUGGACUCGAAAGCGGACCCUCCGAGGCACACACUGCAGUGUCAAUGCCGCGUUCGACCGCCUCUAGUGGAAAGUCUGUCAAAAGUGCAAGCUUCAGAACUCCCGUAGAAGAGAAAAAGAAAACAUCUGACGAGUCUUCCAGCUCAAGUGACGACGAUGAUGAAAAUAAAGCAAAUUCUUCCUUAAAAGUAAUAAAGUCAAAAAAUGAAGAUAGUGAAGUGGAUGAAAGUACCAUUAGAGCAUACAGAGGAUGAAGAUCGGCACAAGUGGAACAAACUGCAGAAGUUCACUGCAGUACUGUAUAUAUACCGUCGGCGUCUAAACUUCUGGUAAACAACUCCGGAUUAGACUGUAUAUUCAUAUUAAUUGAUUGUCACAGCUAGUUUGCGAAAAUUUCUUUACAAAAUAUGAAGAAUGUAAAUUUUAAUGAGGAAUGUCUUGCCUAAAUAUUAGUAUAUAUAUAUAUUUAUGACAUUUUAUCAAAUUUUGUUGUACAUUUUUAAAAUAAGUUAGUUUCGUUACUUAUAAUCUUUGCGUUAAUUUAGAUAAAAUUGAUGAUCAAGUAAUUAUUUUAUUAUGGUGAAUUUAAUAAAAUAAUCGCUCUUUAUUGUCCUUCUACAAACCAACAUAUGAAAAAUAGAGGAAUAUGAUCCAAAAUAUACAAGACACCCAAUGUCAUUGUUUAUUAAUUAAUCUUUAUCGUAAAAUUUAUUUGAUUUCCAUAGAACUUGUGUAUAUUUCGUUUUUCAAACAAUAAUAUGCUUGAUAGAAGUUUCAAUGACGUUGAGUGUUAACUGCAAAAAUUGACAGAGGUUCAUAAUCGCAUGUCAUUGAACCAAUGAAGACAAUUUUUGUUAUUCUUGUAAAUUCAUAAAUAUCAUUGGAAAGUGUAAUUAAUAAAAUUUAACACAAAAUA